ACGGAUAUUAUUAAACUCAUUGUAUUUCAUCGCAAUCUCUUUGGUUUGGCCGACGAGUUCUUGGGCCAGACGUCAGUUCCCUUAAACGAGUUUGAUAUCUACGAACGGCCCAAAAGUCGGUGGUAUGAACUCGAGGGCCGAUCGCAUAAAAAGACUCAGAAAUUUCGCGGAGAGAUCGAAAUUAGGGUCACGUUUGUCGUGAAAAACAUACCAAAUAUUAAACACAGCAAAAAGCGCAACAGUUUAGUGCAUCAAAGCCUUCUGGACAUCAGGGGUGCCCUCAAAGGCGACCAGAAGUCCGAUAAGCAUGAGUCGAAAGUGUCGACUUCCGGCAGAAAGUUCUCGAUGUCGGACAAUAUGAACAAAAUGCCAAAGUUUGCCACAAGAAGUAUAUCAUUCAAAUUAGACGCGUUUAACACUCGACGCAAGUCUUUGGUCGACAAGUUCUUGAAGAGACACGACUCGAGCCCACAGGAGACCACCGAUGAGAUGAGUGUCGCCGAGGAAUCGGUGCAAAGUGUGCACGACUUCCAAGACGUCCACAACGAUGUCAUCAGCGAAGAGAUGAGCCAAAGCCAGGAAGAGGUGCGACAAAUGGGCAGAAAUACUGACAACAAGAUUGUGAUUGAAGUGAAAAGUGAAUUCAAUGGUGAAGUGAGUGAUGAGCUCAACGACUCGUUUGAUGAGACAAAUGAUACCAAAACAGAGACACAACUCAAAGACAAUGAAGUGAUUAGUGAUUUCGAGACCAAUAUCAAAAUCAACGAUAAUAUAGAGACCAGAAGUAACAUAUCGAGUGAAUCAAAGUCAAGUCCGUGGAAACCACUUAAGGGAAGCCUAAAAAAAGCGUUCAGUAGUAAUAAUCUACUAUUUUUAAGCUCCAGUAGCAAUAAGCCGGUGCCUAAGUUGCCACACGACAGGGAUAGGUCGUUGACAUCCCCUGCGGAUGAUGUAAGCCCUCAAUCGGAAGUGGCAUACAAUCAUCGGUUUCACCCACAGAUACCAUCGCCGAUAGUGAACGACACUGUCUUAAGGCAGACAAAUAGGCAGAGAAUAUUAGCGGCCCUUAAGAAAUCUGAAAGACGGCAUACGAUAGACAUUAAUGAGAUUCUGGUGAACGCGAAGCACCCGAGCGUUGCGGUCGAGAAGAGGGCCACUCAGGCCUCUCCCGACUCCCUGUACUCGUCGUUCGAGUCGCUUAUUAACCGAAAACAAUCGAAAACAGAUUAUCGCCAAAAGUAUGAGGGACUCAACAAA